AUAUGUUACCGGCCAGCCAGUGACGCUUUACCCGAUCGGGCGAAAAAUAUUAAUCGAGUCAGAGAGGAAAGCGAUCGUCGGGCUUGUCCGUUAGUUUAGUGACUUACUUACUGUCCGGGACUGACUGACUGACGAUGCGCAGCAACGUCAUCUCCAUAAUAAAAGAGCCAUCCUCCUCCCCCUCCGCUUCAGCUAUGCUCUCCCUUUCCCCUCCCAUCAUUAUCUCUCAAUUUAAAAUCAUCCCAAUUGAUGACUCUUUUACAUCAGUCUUGUUCAUCUUAUUAAAUACCCUGGUCUGCCACUCCACCCCGACCGGUCUUCCCUCUUACAUCAAACUUCCCCCUUCUACAGUUGGUGUUCCCUCCCUCCCACCCAAUACCCGUGGUCCGAUCUACAGUAAGUUGGCUCGUACCAAUCUUACCCCAUCCUUACGUUGUUCACUACUCUUCUUUUGUCCUUACCAAGGGUUUCUCACCGACAAAGCCUUCACUCUCGACCUUCCCGUCUUCCUGAUUGGACCUCCCACUACUCGACGUUUCCAGACUCUUCGACACGCAUUGCCUGUCUACUUUUGAAUCUCCGGAUCAUUCCGUUUCGCUGUUCUCGUUUGACUCAUUUCUCCGGUUGGCACGCUUCGCACUCAUACGCUUGGCCCCUUGAAAGAGUUUAGUGGGGGCCGCUGGUGCCAACAACCU